AAAAUUUAAUCAUUGAAUUCACUGAAUCGAGAUCUUGUGAAUCAGAAUCAGAUCGAAACGGGACAUCUGAACUGAUACCCAGCCCUAAUGGUUAUGGAGUUAUCAGCUAAAACAAAGUUGCUUCUUAUUUCACAAAAAUUGGUACUCAUACAUUUUCACAAGAUGUACAAAAUAUCCAUUUUUGUAACGGUACGCCAUUUUGAUGUUAUUAGCAUUGCAAAUUAAUUGGCUGCUGGAGGCCAUGUUUUCUAAUGUAUCCAAGUCACAGAGGAUCUGGCCGUCCACCAAAGAUGCAUACCAACUUUCAACUUCACAGAUCAUCUUUACAGAGUAAUAAUUGUUCUUUAGUUGUAGCGCCCCCUUUUGGCAGAAUUGUAUAAAACUGGGUGUGCAUCCUCAGAACGUCCUGUUGUCUAUGUAAAUUCAGCUUUGCCAUCACAGGAAUAAAUUACAUUAUAAGAUAUUGCCUAUUCAAAUAUAAAACAGUUAUUUUAAAUUGUAAUAAUAUUUCACAAUGUUACUGUUUUUACAGUAUUUUUGAUUAAAUAAAUGCAGCACAGUGAGCAUAAGAGACUUCUUUCAAAAUCGUUUAAAAAAAUCUUUCUGACCCCAAACAUUUAAAAAGUAGUGUACAACCACAAUGACUGAAGUGAAAACAGUUUCUGAAUAUCUAUUUUUAUUGGCGCACACAUGGUGAUGUACCCGACUCAUUCACAAAGGCUGACUCACCACCCCAGAAAAGUGUGUAGUAGUGAUUUGGUUAUAUAAUCUCGGUGGUAUGUUAACAUCUCCAGCAUCAUGCACAUUUGUCACUACCAAUUUAUUUAUUUACUUUAUUAAGCAUUACAGUUAUGAAUUAUAUUGGUUAGUGUUAUAAAACAAUUUAGUUCAGAUUGAUGUACAGUGUUGACAGUAUCAGCUGUCAAAAAUUGCCUUAUUCUCACAUUUACAUCUGCAAUGCUUUGAUUUUAACUUGUAGCAACAAAAUAUAUUUAAACAUAUGAUACAUCAAUGAAGCAGGAAUAGGAGAAUGUUUUGUCUGUAAUGUGUUCAGCUGUUCAUAGUAGUCAUACUCAGAAAGAGGCUUUCUGACACUGACUGCUGAGCUAAUAAUAUAUAAUGAUAAGAGAGAGGGGGGAGGGAGGCACGCUGAGCUGGUAACAAGGGUAUAAAAGAGCCAGGACGAAAAGACAAAGUACACAACUUGUCCAGAAACCAGACCGCAACCAUACAGAAUGUCUCAGCCAGAGGUCAAGAAGAAGAAGCGGCCAGUUGUAAAAGAGGAGGAUCUGAAAGGAGCCCGCAGUAAACUGGGGCUGAAAGGAGAGGUCAAGAGCAAGACAUAUGAGGUCAUGGUUGAGUGUGAGCGCAUGGGGAAGGUGGCGCCGUCUGUUUUCAGUGGAGUUCGGUCUGGAGGAGAGACGGUGCUUGAGAAACCCAAACCUCCAACAGGAAGCGUGUUUGGCAAAUGAUGAAUCAAGUGCUGAAUGGACAAAUGCCCUGAUAGCGCAUAGAUUUCGUUUUUAGCAUCCACAUCAUGAAUUAAUCAACCAUAAUGUGGAUAUUUAUGUUGCAUAUUUCCAACUAAUAGUGUAUGUUUUUAUACUGUUUUAUGUUGCUAUAUGUUUCUCUCAAAUUGCACGUGCUAGUUUCUAGUAUCAUGUUUUCUAUAUAAAACAUUUCUUAAAUGUA